AUGAAGAUUUCAGAAUUUGACAAUAAAAAUUGGGAGUUAGAAAAUGUACUUGAUAACUCUGGAAUAGGUGCAACAAUAGCACAUAUUCGUGGUGCUAAUGCAGGAGGUAUAACAGGUGCAGUCGCUUCUUUCCCAAAUGUUCCACUUGGACUUACAGGUGCACAAAUUAUCCUUGCUCAAAAUGUUGCUAAAGAUUGGACAAUAGCAAGAAGAUGCCCAACUAAUACAGUACUAGUUGCACCAAAUGCUAGAGGAGGUGUUUCUAUUAUUCUAGCAGGAAUACGAUCUGAACAAAGGCUUUGGUGGAUAAAAAAACAUUAUCCAACUGCUAAUAAAUAUGUAAAGAUGUUAGAAAUUGGAGCAUUAAGACAAGGUGUAUAUGAGAGUAAAUAUGGCGAUCAACUCGGUUAUACUCCAGCACAGAAGAAACCCAUUUCUUAUCUGGAUUUGGCAGAACUUGAAUUACGUCAUGGAAUAUUACAACAGGCACCAUCUCAAUCUCACCAUGCACCUAUUGAUUCUGCUAUUUCAGAUUUUUACACUAUAAAAUCAGAAAAACCUCGGCAAGCAUUUUAUAUAGUAGAUCAAGAAGGUAAUAAUAUGGAUCCACUUAUCCAAGAUCCAGAUUACCUUAAAUACCUCGAGCAAGCAAAAGCCUUAUAUAAAAAACCACAAAGAUCCAACCAAUCU